AUGGAACUCACAAGAAUUUCCAAAGUGAUCAAAGAACAAAAUGAGAACAGAGGCCAAUGCUUGGAGCUGUUAACUGUUAAAAGUAACAGGAGAGCUCUUUUGAUCGCUUUUGGUCUUCGUGGUGUACAACAGCUCACCGGAACUACCGUCAUAAUAUUUUAUUGCAAAAAGAUUUUUGUCCAGUCUUCAAGCUUUUUAUCACCAGCAGUGGGAACAAUUAUUUAUUUUACUGUGCAACUCACACUAUCCUUUGUAGCUUCGAUCAUAGUAGACUUUUCUAGACGAAGACCUCUUCUAAUCAUAUCAAUAAUAGGGACUGGCUUGACAUUGUUUCUUAAUGGAAGCUAUUUAUAUGCAAAAGAUGGUCUUAAAGUGUAUACCAGUAGUUACAACUUUGUCCCACUGUUAGCCCUGAUCGGAUUCGUAGUGACUUUUAGUAUCGGUUUGCAGACGAUACCGCUUUUGAUGAUGGGUGAAGUGUUUCCGACCAACGUAAAAGUAUUCGCUCUAUGCUCUGCUGAUAUUUACUAUAGUGUGAUAGUGACGAUUAUAAGUAAAUUUUUUCAUUGGUCAGAGAGGUCCUAUAGAAUGUAUGUACCAUUUUUUGUUUUCGGGGGUUGCUGUGUGCUAGGAUUAGUGUUUAUUCUAAUGUUUGUACCUGAAACUAAAGGAAAGACUUUGGAGGUAAUUCAGAAGCAUCUUAAGAGGGAGAAGUUAUAA